AUGGCAAGAAGCAUGUUAAAAGCGAAAGGUCUGCCAAAUGUGUUUUGGGCUGAAGCAAUUCAUACCUCAGUGUUUAUUCUCAACAGGUCACCUACCAAGUCUGUCAAGGAUAUGACUCCUUUUGAAGCAUGGCAUAGGUUUAAGCCAAAGGUUGAUUUCUUUAAGGACUUUGGUUGCAUAGCCUAUGCACAUGUUCCUUCUCAAAAGAGAGAAAAGUUUGACGAAAAGGGUAUGGAGAUGAGAAAAACAAGGGCAAGAAGUCCAAUUCCGAGUGCAAGAACAUCUUAUCCUAGUUCACCAGAUUCAACUCCUAGACUUAAUAUAAGAACACAUUCAUUGGCAGACAUAUAUGAGUCGUGUGAUCUUGCUUUGAGUGCUUUGGAGGCUCAAAAAUUUGAGGAAGUAGUGAAAGAAAAAAUUUGGCAAGACGCAAUGGAAGAAGAAAUUAGAGUUAUCAAGAAAAAUUCUACGUGGGAACUUGUUGAUCGGCCUAAAUCAAAGGACAUCAUUGGACUUAAAUGGAUCUACAAGACAAAAUACAAUGAAGAUGGCUCAAUCCAAAAGCAUAAGGCUCGGUUGGUUGCCAAAGGCUACUCUCAACAACUUGGAGUAGAGUUCAAUGAAACGUUUGCUCUGGUUGUAUGA